AUGUUUUGUGCUCUGGCUAUUCAGAUUCUUAAUUAUAUCUUCUUCUCCCAGUUUGCCCUUUCACAUGAAUUCCUAACUUGCUUUUCGGACGCGGGCCCCGACGUCGAGCAAGAAAUAGCCAUUCCAGCUAUUUUUGCAGGAUUAGCGCAUCACUCUUCCGAAGCACAUUACAUUCAUGGCUUUGAAGCAGAACUCAUUUGGGACUCACCCGAGGAUUCCCAAGCGGGAACCAAAGUCUGGGAUGAUCUAGCCGAUAUUAAACACUCAAAAUCCUCUCCAUCAACUAAAUCUUACCCAACUUCUGAUGCCCUCGUAUAUGCCGUGUCCCCAAAUACACAUCUAGCCAUAGUAUCUCCAACGAUCCUCUACGCUCUCUCCCUAACUGCCUGGCAUCCUAUACCCAUAAGCCUCUCCCUAGUUCUCGGCACCAUCAGCAAGCUAAACCCUGGAUUUACCAUAUCUACUGGUGCAAAUAUUCAAGCCUUUAUUCAAGUCCUUAAUAUUGCUCAAAUAUAUCUGUUACUCAUCAACAACGCACUUCAAAACCCAUCAGAGAUUCCCAAAAAUCAAGCGCUGAAUCUUAGUAUUUCGUUGCGUCUCAAGAACUUCCUUACAAGGAGUACACGACAAUUCUUCUGUUGCAAGUCGCGUUUCUUUUCUCCGCCAUAUAAUCCCAUUCAAGAUGCAAACAUUACCAGUGAGCAUAUCUGCAAGUUGUAG